AUGGCUACAUCUACGUGGGAAUUAGAAAUCAUCGAAGAACUAGACUCAUUUUGUCUCAAAUUAGAAGAGAAAAUUUACAAAAAACAACAACAGGUAGAGGCUAGCAAGAAGAAAUAUGAACUAGAAACGAAGUUAGCACAGGAAAUGAAAAUAAAUUCGGAGUUAACCCAGCAGCUAGCAGAGCUAAGUCGUCGCGGUGGAGAGCUGGAGCGAGUGUGUGCCACUUUCGAAUCCCUUACAAUUGCAGAAAGCGAUCGCCAUCGGCUAGACAAUGCCAAGGAAAUGUAUCAGGUGGCCAAAGAAAUAACAGGGUUACGGCUGGACUUCAGUGCUUCGGCAAACAUUGCCAAAGGCUAUGUUAAGAACGAAGCCCGACGACUCCUGCAGCCGUUCGAACACGAAGCCGGAGACAGUGAAACACUUUGGACGCUCAUAAAGAACACAGCUACCCCAGGUGGCGCUGUGGUGAAGUUUUGA